AUGUCCAUCGCCCUCAAAGGAGCCCCGAUCCAUUUCGGACCCUUCCUCGUUACCUCACAAGUCUUCUACCAAACCCCCCUUUCCUUUGCCCUCGUCAACCUCAAACCCAUCCUCCCAGGCCACGUCCUCGUCUCUCCGCGCCGCGUCGUCCCCCGCGUCACGGACCUCACCCCGAACGAAACGACAGACCUGUUCCUGACUGUCCGGCGCGUCGCCCGCAUGAUCGAGCGCGUCCACGGCGCAACGAGCCUCAACAUCGCCAUCCAGGACGGCGUCGACGCCGGCCAGAGCGUGCCCCAUGUGCACACGCAUAUCAUCCCGCGGAGGAAAGCCGACCUCGACCAUCGCGGCGGCACGGACGCCGUGUAUGAUAUGCUAGAUGGGGAGGAGGGGGACCUCGGACGGUCGUAUGCCCAGCGGGAUGGGGAGGAUGGGCGCCGUGGGUCUACGUCGGCGCAGUCGCGCCGGACGAAUUUCCCGGCUGUGGAUAAUGAGGAGAGGAAGCCGCGGAGUAUGGAGGAGAUGGAGGCUGAGGCGGCAUUUUUGGCGAGAGAGAUGAAGAAGGAGGCGCUUGAUUAG